AUGACGUCCAUCGCCUCGGAAUCAGUGGCCACGAUCCUCUGCACCAGCAAGCAAACACGAUUCAAUAUACAGAACACGGAUCAUCGCGAGUUGGAGGUGGACGGUCUCCACAUCACCGUCACUUCAGGUUCGGGUACCAAACCCGGCGCCAAGGGCAAGGCCAAGGCGAGGAGCGAGGGAACCGAGAUUCUCGUUGAUACCAAGCUGCAUAUCAAGGCCGGGCAAAGAUAUGCACUCAUUGGCAGGAAUGGGUCUGGCAAGUCGACGCUGCUCAAGGCCAUUUCCGAGAAGCUGAUUCCUGGUAUCCCCGAGGAUACUCGGAUAUCCAUUCUUCAACAGACAGAUGCCGGCACCACUGACGCGGAUACCCGGCCAAGCGAUGCUUCGAUUGGAUCAGAGCAGCUCAGCAGCGUCUUGGAGCAUGUCAUUGAGAAGGCAACCGCUCGAUCAGAUGUUGAACAGGAUAUAAGAGCAUUGUCCGAUGGCAUCAACAGCACCGAUCCCUAUGCGACGGUCCGAGCCGUUCGUGCCCUUCGACAUGAGAAUAAUCAGAAGCGACUCUUCCAGUUCGAUAAGAAUGCCAGGUUGCGAAGUGGUGAUAGAGGACUGGCAGCUCGAAAACAACUAAAGGCUUUCGAGAAGACUGUCGCGGAGUCGCAGAUCUUGCUGGAUCAACCGCAAAGCGACAUAUCCGCCGAAGCUCUGAAGAACGAUACGCAAGAGGCACUGGACAUGCUUGCAGACCUUCAAUUGCAAGUUGAGCCAACCAAAGUUGCCGAAACCGAAUUGAAAGCCAAGCGAAUCUUGACUGGUCUUGGUUUCUCGGAGGCGUACAUGUCCAAGCCAGUGUCAAGUCUAUCCGGUGGAUGGAAAAUGCGGACAGCCCUCUCAGUUUCCCUUCUCCAGGAAACCGAUAUCCUGAUACUGGAUGAGCCCACCAACUUCCUUGACCUUCUGGGAAUCAUCUGGUUACAGAAGUACCUCGAGUCUUUGCAGGACGACGACAAUGCGCCAACCCUCAUCCUCGUAUCUCACGACAGAGACUUCAUAACGCUUUGCACCGAUCUUCUCAUUCUCAAGGAUAAGGGGUUGACGUAUUUUCAUGGCGACCUUCCUACAUAUGAGGCGUCGCAGUCGGAGCGCAAGCUGUGGUUGACCAAGAUGAAGGACGCCCAGGACAAGCAGAAGGCUCAUAUACAGCAGAGCAUAACGAACAACAUCAAAGCAGGGAAGGCAAAUGACGAUCAGAACAAGCUACGCCAAGCCAAGUCUCGUCAAAAGAAGCUCGACGACCGCUGGGGUCUCCAGGUCAGCGCAAAGGGCGGCAGAUUCAAGCUCAAUCGCGACCUCGAGGGGUACCACCUGACUGCCCGAGCCGAUAUCGACAUACCGCAAGAUGAGCGGCCGAUAUUCAUUGACCUGCCCGAGCCUCCAGAUCUGCGGUUUCCUGGCCCGCUCAUAUCGAUGGAGAACGUGACGUUUCGUUACCCGACUAAGGCGAGAGGAAAGAUACAGACACCCGCUGUGUUGCAGGACGUCAACCUGUCCGUUCACAAGGGUGACCGAGUGGGCAUCCUCGGGCUGAACGGGGCUGGCAAAUCGACCUUGGUGAAGCUCCUCGUUGAUGAGAUUAAGCCUUCAUCCGGGAUGAUAACAACCCAUCCGCGGCUGAAGCUGGGAUAUUACUCUCAACAUGCCGUCGAAGGAUUGCAACAGAUGGGCCAAGACGACGUUUCACUGACCGCUCUUUCGUUACUGACAAAGGAUGUUGAUGGAGAGCUGGACGAAGGACAGCUCCGUGGGAUCCUUGGCAGUCUUGGAUUGCCCGGUCGAGUUGCGUCCGACAUCCCAGUCAGAAAGCUGUCUGGCGGCCAGCUCGUGCGUUGCGAGCUUGCUCGUAUUCUCUGGCAACGGCCGCACUGUCUUAUUCUCGACGAGGUAACCACUCAUCUCGACUAUGAGACGGUCACGGCCUUGCGUGAGUCACUGAGGGACUGGGAGGGGGCGGUCAUUCUCGUCAGCCAUGACCGGUGGUUCAUGCGGGGUGCAGUUGAGGGGUUGAUUGAAGACUCGGAGAGCGAGCAAGACAAUGAGGAUGAAGCUGCCUCCAGGCGACGGGCGGUAUACAGGUUGAAGACCGGGAACCUGACGAUCCUGGACGGCGGGGUGACGCAGUUCGAAGACGGAGUUGCAAAGAGGGUGACGAGACUGCUGAGUUCGUAG